AUGUCGGAGUCGCUGAUAGACAAGUUUGACCGCAUGCCUAAGCUGCGGCAAUUUGAUGCAUUCCCAAAGGCACAACCCAUGUACCAGAAGAAGUCAGCUUAUGGCGGCUUUUUGACUAUGGCUGUUUUCAUUGCCACCGCUGUUAUGAUUUGGUACGAAGUACAGCACUACAUGACGUUAAAACCCACCUAUUCAUUCGACAUCGACAGUCACGUUGGCCAUGUGAUGCAAGUGAACCUAGACUUGACUGUGAAUACGCCUUGUUCGCGUUUAACGAUUGACCUGCGUGAUGCUUCUGGUGAUGCUAUUCAUUUCUCAGAAGAUGACAUCGUGAAGGACCCUGCGGACUUCAAGGCUGAGCUUCGCCGUGCGCGUAGGCGGAGCCACACGAAAUACUUCAACAAAAUGCUUCACAGUCAGAAUAGGGGCUUUACCCGAAAGCAGCGCAAGAACAAGAAGCUUGUGCAAGGUGGUCCGCGUGGCAAGGAUUCGGGUUUCGAGAAACACAAAAGCGUUGUUGACGCCGAAAAUGAGGCACAUGCUUGUCGCGUGUAUGGCAGCAUUAAUGUGAAGAAGGUCACGGGAAACUUACAUAUUUCGACGUAUAUCCCUACCUUCAUGGCCUCGCGGGACCGUGGUCAUGAUUUUGGUAUUGACAUGUCACAUAUCAUCCAUGAAUUCAGCUUUGGAGACUAUUUCCCUAACAUUGCUGAACCCCUGGAUUCGAGCUUGGAAGAGACAGACGACCCUGCCGCGGUGUUUCAAUAUUUCUUGUCCGUCGUCCCUACCCACUACAUUUCCAAGCAAUACACACUGACUACGAACCAGUACAGCGUGAAUGAUUAUAAACGAAACCGUGAUGGUGCCGCCGCCUUUCCAGGCUUGUACUUCAAAUACGACAUUGAGCCACUCACUAUGACCGUCACCAAGAAGACGUCAUCACUCGUCAGCUUUAUUAUCCGUAUGUGCAGUGUGUUGGGCGGCCUCUGGAUUUGUACGGAUUUGGGACUGCGCAUAUUUAAUCGGCUUACAAUACUCGCGAGAAAGUCUUCCAUUGAGAUGUUUUCGUCGUCAUUCGACAAAGAACCCAUGCCAUCAGGCCAGUAUAACACACCUUACUUUUCAGGCCCUAUGGAUCCAGCACAGGGUUACAGUGCAUAUGGAACUACCAGCACAGUAAACUAUUUGCCACAUGGCCCGGGCGAAACGAAAUACCGCGUAUCAAGUAUUUAG